GGAUGUAGAACUACUGUAGCUGAAGAGGGGGAGAGAAAGAGAGAUUCAAAAGACAGUACACUUGCAAGGCUUCCAAGAAGAUCCAGCAGGACAAGGAGAGAGGAGAUAAGGAAGGGAUAGCAUGGUCCAUUCGGGUCGGAUGGAACAAAAUAAGUGACCGCAAAGGGCGAUGUGGGUCUAGGGAACCUGGCAGGGAUUUCACACAAGACCGCUGUUGAGUAGGGAAAGAGCGGCCGACAUCUAGUUGAUGCAUGCGGGGUCAGUGAUGCACCAAGACGAGUGUGGUGGAUUCCAGCAACCCGCCGCUGCAGAGAGCGAAGCCCGUUCCCGCUAGCUUACCGCCGGCCGAGAUGGCGCAUGGAUAGCGGAUCCCUUAAUGCUGCAAAACAUAACCAAGGAUUUAUAACAAAACCGGCAGUUUGGGAGCUAAACCAAGGCAUUCGAUGCUUGCACUACCGGAAAUAAUAAAAACGCGCAUUUCCAUUGAAACUCCGAGCCUUUUGGAUGAGAAAGGAUGCCGUCUCCACUCCCGAAAUAGAACCUUUCACACAUAGCUAACGGAGAGGGCCAGCUUGCGUAUUUUUCACCAUACUAGAUUUGUUUGAAUAGGCGGGUUGUGAUUCGUGAACCACAAGCUGUAACAAUGUUGGUGAGAUGCCACCGGAGCAAGCUGUCGGUGUGGGCCGUUCUGUGUGUGCUCGUGCUGUGCUGGCUCUACAUUUUCCCAGUGUACAGACCCCGGAGCGACAAGGAAAUAGUUGAUGAAGUGCUGCGGCAGGGACAAGUAUGGCAGAGGAACCAGACGGACAUCGAUCUGUUCAGGAAGCUGCUUUCAGAAUGCUGUGACCCGAGGAGGAUGUUUGCGGUGACCAAGCAGAAUUCACCUAUGGGGAAGGUCCUGUGGUACGAUGGAGAGUUCUACCACUCACACACGGUCAACAAUGAGACCUACUCUCUCUUUGUGCAGGAGACACCUCUUCAGCUUCCCAUCAAGAAGUGUUCGGUGGUGGGCAACGGAGGUGUCCUGAAGCACAGCGGCUGUGGGAAGGACAUUGACCAGGCUGACUUUGUCAUGCGGUGCAACCUUCCACCACUGUCUAGGGAGUAUGUUGAGGAUGUGGGGACCAGAACUCACCUGGUGACAGCCAACCCCAGCAUCAUUGAGAAGAGGUUCCAGAACCUUCUUUGGUCGCGGAAAGGCUUUGUGGAGAGCAUGAAGGCCUACGGCUCCAGCUACAUCUACAUGCCAGCCUUCUCCAUGAAGCCGGGCACCGACCCCUCCCUGCGGGCAUACUACGCCCUGGCCGACACCUCGUCCAACCUCACCAUGCUGUUUGCGAACCCCGAGUUUCUCAGGACCGUGGGCAAGUUCUGGAAGGGUCGCGGAGUGCACGCCAAGCGCCUGUCCACAGGCCUCUUCCUGGUCAGCCUGGCACUGGGGCUGUGUGAGGAGGUGACGGCCUAUGGCUUCUGGCCGUUCAGCGUGGGGCUUGACAAGCAGCCCGUCAGCCACCACUACUACGAUAACGUGCUGCCGUUCAGCGGGUUCCACGCCAUGCCUGAGGAAUUUGUCCAGCUCUGGCAGCUGCACAAGAGCGGCACACUGCGUUUGAGGGUGGGACACUGCCCCCCCCGGGAAGGGGGCAUAUAAGACUCAAGGGACCAAGGGCCCCUUCCCUAAGCGACCCCCACCCUCACCUAAUAAACCUUCUCCUACCUCCGCUUACAACACUCCAGCCCCCGGCGAUCGUCCCCGGCAACCCACCCGCAAACCCACCACCUCUUUCUCCCCCAUUAGCAUGAGAAUGUAACCCAUGGUUACCCACCCAGCCCAGAAAGCCCCCACGCACCCCCAUCCUCUCUCUCUCUCCUGACCUUCAUCCACUCUCACUAUAUGUGUGUGUGUGUGUGUGUGUGUGUGUGUGUGUGUGUGUGUGUGUGUGUGUGUGUGUGUGUGUGUGUGCGUGCAGAGAGGGGGUCUGCUAACUGUCUCAGCUGGGGCUGGAGGAUUCUUUGUGUGAUGACUACUCAAUGUGACAUAGGCAGCAGCUGGGCCCAAUGCCCCCACUGACUCUUUGUUAAACAGAGACAGAAGGAACAGUCCUAACCAAGAGGUUUUCAUAGAAGUCUUAAGAGAACAGACUGAAAGACUUGAAACACGGAAACAGAAAGGAAAGGAGGAACCAAGGUGUCCUGAUACUAGGCUUGUAUGAGAGAGGACUAAAAGGGAGAAUUAAAGAUGUCUUGGUACCUUGCUCGUUCAAAGGAGUUCGUUGUUUUUUGUCUUGAACAAAAACCCUUGAUGGACAUCUUAAGCAACCAAUCAGGUUUGAGGUUCAAAGUAGGAUCCAAUAGAAAAGGAGAGUGAAGCACUAUAUCGAGCUCCUAGAAUGUUCCAUUUUACAGCCAAGCUGAAACAGAGCCCUGUUCACUAAAAGGGAGGCCAAGAACAUUGCAGUGCUAGAUAUAUCCGUAAGUUAUUUCAUAUUUGUUAAUCAUGACUUUAAUGAUACAUAUUUUUCAUUUUAUAUAGGUUGAUAUUCUACGUUGAUUUGGUUAUGUUAAGAUUGAGAGUUAAUUAUGUAUUCAAAUGUUUUCACAAAAAUACACUGCAGAAGAAAAGAUGAGAGCCAAUGUAUGGAUGCUUCACAAAUCAUGACCUCAUCUGUGUGUGUUUAUCGAGAGGUUGUGUCCUUGAAGGCUCACCCCCGUUCACGCUACGAGCCCUUAUUGGUAUGAUCCACUUUCAAAUGCACUCCAUUGACAAGAGACUGGGAGCUACCAUAUCUUGCCUUCUGCAGGGGCUGUUAAAAAGUGUCCUCCCUGCAUUUAGAAGGAAUUGAACUGUGACAUAUUUGUGUAUUGCGCUCAUGCUGUCAAGUGACUGAAGACACACAAACAGGCUUUGCAGGCUUUUGGAAAGUGGCAUCUUGACUGAGUGAUGACAACACUGCUUGUUUCUGUUCAGGUGCAGGACACCUGCUCACAUUGAACUUGAACUUUCAUACUCUUCUUCUUCAUCACCAUCAUCAUUGUCAUCAUCAGUGUGCGUCUGAAUGUCAGGGCAGUUACUUGAAUUUUGCUGUCCUGCAUUUGUUUCUAGAUGAUUUUUUCACUAUCAUUCAUAUCAGGGUUGGGGUCAAUUCCAUUUCAACUAGUAAACUGAUAUUCCAAUUGAAAUGGAAAUGACUCCAACCCUGAUCCGUAUACAUUUACAUUUGCAUUUUAGUCAUUGAGUGCAUACAUUAUUUAUUUUUUGUAUACACAUACAAGGGAAUUAACAUAUGAUGUGUAGUUGGUGCUAGUUCUUCUGUCAUCAUCACCAAACAGUUGAGACAGUGUAAGAGCCAGCCCUUUUCUGCAUGGAUCAUGCAUGGAGUCUAGCACCAACACUGAAACAACAUUUUAACAACGUUUGGACUAACCUACAGGUACAGAUCAGAUCGUGUGAAUUAUGAGGUUUCUUCAAACCCAUGACCUAUUCCUCAUAUCUACUGUAUAAUGAAAGGUUUUAGUGCCUUCAGAAUUCACCAAGGCAAAGGGAAACGUUAGACUACUGUAUGGUAUCUUUAAAAUGACAUUUUCCCUUGUCCCCCUUUUGAAACUAUGAUUUCCACAAUCACAAUGUGACACUGCUAUAUCAUAGAAGAAUAUGGUUCAAGUAUGAAUUAUUUGAGCCAUUUGAAUGUUUGAAGUAUUUCAAGGGUGCAUCUGAAAUAGCACCCUAUUCCCUAUGUAGUGUACUACUUAUGGCCAGCACCAAUAGGUUGCACUACAUCGGGAAUAGGGUGCCAUUUCUGACGGUACCAAGUGAAAAUGACCCCCUUGACCUCUAAAUGAAAACCAUGUGACUAUGGAAACAAGUCCAAAGUCUUAGAUUGAGCUGGUUGUCAUUGGACCAAGUCAAUUAAUGAUAAACCAAACCUGUUUAAAGUCUCUUCAUUGCCAGUCCUGAAGCAAACUUGUGCUCACUUCCAACCGGGAAUUGAACUGAUGAUACUUUUAAAAAAAUGAAUGCGAUUGAAUUGAUGACACGUAUUUGCAUCUUCGGUCCCACUUUAUUUGGAUAGUCUGGAUAGUCCAUCUGUAGAUGGUCAUACUAUCAACAAACUAUCUGUUGAUAAACAAC